AUGAGUGAGGCUGAGGAUCACCCCGAACGUGGGGAUCAGCCUAAACACGAUGAUCAGCUAGAACAAAGUGAGAAUCACCCCGAACGUGACGCCGAGGAGAACAAACUUAUCAACUUUGAAUGGACUCCUGAACUUGUGAAGAUUGGAAUCUCUCGUGGGGAUAUACAUCCGUCGAUUGGCCCCCACAAAUUCUCUAAUGGCCACCCAGAUUGCACGUACCGGCCUGGUAUGACCCUGCCCGACCCUGCUAAUACGCGAGAGUGUCUGAGGUGGGUCGGACUAUCCGACAAGAAGAUCAUUGAGGUGGAACAAAAGUUUAAUGAACUGUAUCCAGAUUAUCAAGCACCCCGCAGUGGACAUGAUAGUAAAGUUUUCACCAGGGGUUUCAGCGACAUCACCUUUCCUUUGAUUGAAAAAAUGGCGGAUUUGUUUAUGCAAGGAGUCCGUAAUAAUAGGGAUGAUGACUAUGAUUACACCACUCACAAGGGUUAUAUCGAAAAGGGCAUCCAGCUCGGACUCCGGCCAGAAUUUGCGAUAUUCUGUGGACUAUAUAAGGAUGAUCCCCGAGCUAUUAACGACCCCCAUCUAUUCGAGGAAUUAUGGUUUACUAUCAAGAGCCCACAGAGCGCCAUCGAUGAGAUGAUUAUUCUGUUUUGGAUGGAGCUCAAGGAAUAUAUGGUGACGAGAUUGUUAUACGAGGGGAAGGCAUGGUCGAACUAUGGAAGAUGGGUGGUCCGUGAAGGAGAAACUUUGGAUGAAGCAAAGGCAAGAGUGGACGAUCGAGAGCGUCUGAGGCUAAAAGAGCAAGCGAUAAAGGAACAGGAAGCAAAGUUUGAACGUGAGCAACAAGAGGAGGAGAGACUGUACGCGGAAGACAUAGCGAGAUGGGCAGAAGAAGACAGACUAGAGGCGGAGAUGCAACAAAGCGACAAAGCCUGUUCUGCAGAAGGAUGA